AGACGAUAUUUUUUAAACUUAGAAAGAUGAGGCUUCUACUUGUAUUUGCCACCUGUGUGGGAAUAAUAGCCGCUGCUCCAGCCAGCGAAUUGAAAACCGAGUUAGAAGAUUUGUUGAGAAAUCUGGUGGCCGAGAGGGAUUUAGCUGCCAAUGAAAAAAACGCAGUCAGUUUUGAAUCCGCCGAAAAUGAUGUCAGAAGCGUUCGACAAGAUGGAGGUGCAUCCAACAAUGAUGCGUCCUCGGAUGUUUCCGGUGAAGAUCAAACCGGAAGAAGUCUAUCAAACGCCGCCAGUUUUGAAUCAGCCGAAAAUGACGUCAGGAGUCUUGGACAAGAGGGCGGUGCAUCCAACCAUGAUGCAUCUUCGGAUGUUUCCGGUGAAGAUCAAACCGGAAGAAGUCUUUCAAACGCCGCCAAUUUUGAAUCAGCCGAAAAUGACGUCAGAAGUCUUGGACAAGAUGGAGGUGCAUCCAACCAUGAUGCAUCCUCGGAUGUUUCCGGUGAAGAUCAAGGCGAAAGGGGCUACGCUGUAAGCAAAGAAUCUGCUGAAAAUGACGUACGAAGUCUAGGACAAGAUGGAGGUGCAUCCAACCACGAUGCGUCUUCGGAUGUUUCCGCUGAAGACGGCCAGGCAGAUCAACGAGAUCUUCUCAACACACUGCGUGCUCUGCUACACCAGAAGGAAAGAGAAUUGUCUGACGCCAGCGGAAUACAGUAGAACAUGCCGAAUCUAUAACUGACGAAGAAUUACCAUUAUCCAUCCAUUCUAUCCAACUGGCAGCCUGGUUAUGUUCAUGUCGAGUAAAUGAAACAAAAACUAAAUUUAUUCUGACAUUGUUAAUAUAA